CUGGAGCGCGGCGCGGGGCUGGGCAGGGCGGGAGCCGGGCGGGCUCCGCCGCCUGCUCCCGGGGCGCCUCUUGGCAGCGGAGGCGGCGGGGAAGCGGCACAAGUGCGCGGCGCCCCCGCUGCCUCCCCUCCUUCUGAUGCCCCUUCGCGACUGCACGCCAGCCCGGCGGCCGCGGCUCCGGGAGGAUGCGGCUCUUCCUCCUCGCCGCAACUUUCUGGGGAUUGUGCCUGGCUCCAGGCUUGGGUUUGCAGAUACAGUGCUACCAGUGUGAGGAGUUCCAGCUAAAUAAUGACUGCUCUGCUCCAGAGUUCAUCGUGAAUUGUACAGUGAAUGUUCAAGAUAUGUGUCAGAAAGAAGUAAUGGAAAAAAGUUUUGGAAUCAUGUAUCGCAAAUCCUGCGCGUCCUCGGCAGCGUGUCUGAUAGCCUCUGCUGGGUACCAGUCCUUUUGUUCUCCGGGGAAGGUGAACUCUGUUUGCAUCAGCUGCUGCAACACCCCGCUCUGCAAUGGACCCCGGCCCAAGAAGAGAGGGAAUUCUGGCGCAGUGCUGAGGGCACACGCGAUAACCACCGUUCUGCUCCCGAAAUUGGCUCUUUUGUUCUUGUAUCGCUAAACUUCAAGCAAGUUUUCUGCCCUGUCACAGUUUGUUCUGUCUCCUCCUUCCUUCAAAGACACUGCAAUUAUUUUCUGUUUGUUUCCAGAUCCCUGUCAACAAGCGAGGGAAGUUCAGUGGCUGUGGGAAGAGGGGCUGAUAUUUUUGGCAGCUAGUGAAUUCGGUUAGCAGAUUGAAUUUCCAGUGUGCACUUAAAAACCCAACAGCAGGAUACAGAACUCCUGCGCUUUUUACAUAAUUGGAAACAAAUCUAUCUGUGUUACUCCUCCUAAGAUGUAGUCAAUUCCUCAGUCAUUUUAAUUUUCCAUAUUUCUAAGUUCAUCGCUAAUCAUUAACUUUGCCUUAUGAAGUCAUACGUCAUGUUCACAAAGGCCGUUUUGUGUGUCUGGACUGGGCUCUGAGCUACUCUCUAGCGACACGACUUCCAAGCUGGGCUCUGGUGCUUCAAGACCCGGUUUCUGUGGACUGCAGUCAGGCUUGGUCUCAUUCUGAAAAGUACUUAAAUAAACUUUGUUGUUGCCCUUUGUAGAAGAAUUGCGCCUGGACGACAUGAAGAGCAGCGGGCGUAGAGAUCGGUUGCUCCUUGCUUUGGAGCUCAUGUUGGCUCUGAGAUACUUUUCCUUAUUGGCAUGCUCUAUUGUCAGGCGGCAGCGGAGGACCUGCAGGAACACACUGCGGAACUGCUGAGAAGAGAUGUUGUAGAGGAGGGGGUUCACCACCGAGCUGAGGUAGAAGAAGAUGUCUGCGAUGGGGAGAAGAGUGAUGUACGCUCUGAAGUAGGUGACAGUCCAGUCCUGCUUUGGUUUAGCAGCAGCCAUGAUCCUUCUGACCUGGUUUGGCAUCCAACAUAUUGCCAGAGUUGCAACAAUCAGUCCUGCCAACAGAAAGAGGAAGAAAGAAGUGUGCAUACAUGGGGGAAAAAACAUAAAAUAUUUAGUAUCGGUUCUGCACUUACUUGUUAGGAAAUAGUAUCAAUUUUUCACUGUUUUGCUUGACAGCUUUUUCUGCCAGUAACAUUUUUUUGUUUGUUGUUUUUAAUAACUGUUACAAGGUCACUGCAGCACAUGCUCUGACAAAAGACUGCAGAGUGCUUGGAUAGUGUUUCUUUGUACCUACUGUCAUUUAUUAGUUAUCAAAGCGUUCUUUCAUUGAUAUCUGCGUCUUUGGAAAGAAUGCAUUCUGUUUGUUUGUUUGUGUUCUUACAUUUCUUAUGUCUUUCCCUUUACUUUGAAAAACAAACAAAAUAAAUAGAACCUAUAGCCAUAUUAGAUCAGGCAAUACCCAGAAGAGAUCAGAUUCUUGUUUGUACUUUACAAAAAAAAAAAAAAAUAAUGUAUGCAUAAUAAUAUAUUUCGUGUUAUUUUUGGUAAAUUUCCUCUUACAGAAGAUAUUUUUAAGUAAAAUAUGUACGGAUCUUUUUAUGGUAAUUAAGAUAUGUUGGGCUUUCUUAAAAAUCAAAUUCCAGUGGAAUUAAAUUAUGAAUGUAAAUGAGAAAAAACCCAAGCCUAGUCAUGAAAGUGUAAGCAGUUUCAGAUUAUAAAUUAUGCUUAAAAAUGUGGUAUCUGACCAUUUUGUAUUUAUAUGUAAAUAUAAAUACAUGUUGCUGCAUCACUAAUGGCAUUAAAAAGAGGGUGACUUAAGUGUUAGAUGUCUGAAAAUUCUGCCUCUGUGGCCCGGCGUUCCCUAGGGCUGCAGCAGUGACACCGUCUUCAGAAUGGCAGCCCUGGAGAAACGCACGGGUGAACUUGAGCGGGCUGUUCCUGGGCCAGAGCCAGGGAAAGGGGCUCAAAUCCUCGCUGGCAUCCACGCCUGGUGCACGUAAGUGCUGGAAAUCCAGACAUCUUGCACGAAAUGCCAGGUACACAAAAUAAUUCCUCUCGGUGCUCCCCCCACCAAGCACUACUUCGGAAACACGGUGCAGCCACCCGUUUACUGUUUCCACUUUCUUUUUCUCUUUGCAGGAAAUGUGCCUUGUAUGAACACCCAACGGGAGCAGAAGCUGCAGGUUGGCUUCCCUGCUGUGGAGGCACAAAACAAUAGAGAGCACCCUGAAGGUGCACAGUUUUCACUUCCAGUAGACUUUUGUUAUAUUGCUAAUUUUCAAUGUCGAGCCUCCUUUCUCAACAGAAGCACAGAAAUGUUUCCAUUCUUAUCUGGCUAGACCAAGUCGGUUGCCCACAUUGAACAGACCACUGUGGGAAUGCAGUUCUGAAGUAGCACACUCUGAUUUCUUCAAGCCAGGAAGAUGAUGCUUCAAUAAUGGGAAGACAUGAAUGUAACAGGCAAGGGGGGCAGAACAGAGAAGAAAAAUUUUUUUCAUAACUUUGAGACUGCCAGAGCUUAAGCAGAGUAUGUCCAACUGCUCUCCACCACCACGCAAAGAAAAGGUAUGAAAUGUCAUCUUUUUUUUGGAAGAAAUUAAUUUUCUUAAUGAACGCUAUAAUUACUUUAACAACUUUAUCAUCUUACUGAGAACUGAGAUACCAAAUAAAACUUGUCCCUUUGAUCAUCUGCUUCUGUAAUCACUUAAGGUCACAGUAAUUUUGGUAGGAUGGGGAAGCAGCAUAUCCUAGACUUACAGCAGUAGCUGAAGAGCCCUGGACGGCUGUUCUAGAAGGUGAGCUGUUGCCCUUGCCCUUUUCUGUUCUUUAGUGACCGUAACUCUCCUCAGCUGCAGCCUCUUUAUUCCCAUUCCUACACGAUCCCGUGCCCCUUUGCUUGGCUGCCCAGCUCUUCCACUUCUGUCUUGCCUCAUUUUUCAGUACACGAUCUGUCCCUGUCAUAAGAUGAUCUGAAUUUUGUAUUAAAAGUCCUGCAAGUUUUCCAGCCCUCAGUGCUUUCUUCUCUGCUCUCAGCAUAACAAAUACAGGGAUAGUAUUGUUCUGUCCUGGCACGGACCAAAAGAAAAUCAGGAACUCUGAGCAGUGACUUAUAGAAAGGCAGCGAAAGGAUUCUAUUGCUCCACUGUGACUUUUUCUCCUGUGCAACUUAAAUGCAAAGCCCACAAACCCAGGUCUGCAGAAUCCUUGUCAAAUUUUACCGAAUGAUCUCUUUCAAGGGAAAAGAAAAUAAGCUCGACUGCGUAAAUUUUUUUUUUGUUCUUAGUUAGAAACAGGAUACUUCAUCGUACUGAUUAAUAGUUUCCUAAAUUAUGAAUGCUGCUGUGAGAAACCGAGCAAACAAUGUGUGCAUUCAGUUUUAAAGCUCAAAUGCAGUGCUCUGGGAUUUGUGAUUCCUUUGCUUGUAUCUGGAUUCUUUGCCAUUGACCUUUCUUUUUAGUUCAAAUUGCCAAAUGCUUAAGAUUCCCCCUUAUAUUCUUUGGACACUUUUGUUCUGGGGAAUUAAAUAUUUCGUUGCGUGUGUAGCAAGUGAAAAAUGAGCUGCUUGUGCCCUUGCACAGUGUGGUGAGGCUUUUGCAGGAUGGGAGGAGACGUCUGUAAAACUUUGUUGUUUUCCAGGGAUGAGUAAUUGUUCAUUUUUACGCUUGAAAAAAAUGCCUGUUAAUUCAAAGGAGAUGCACCAUGUAAAUAAACAUGCUGACAAAUUCACUAUAUUUUUUCCAACUGUUCGCACUUGACGUGGAGGUACAAAGUAAACUGAAGUGCAUCAGAGGAAAAGCAUUAUGUUCACAAUUUGGCAUAUUAAAUAUUUUGACUGAA